AUGGACUCCACGACUCAAGAGCAACAAACCAUCGACGGUUUUCAGACCGAGAAGCCUGAUAUGGGCCUCAAAAACACCAGCACUCAGGAGGUGGUCGCAUCCGAGCUUUUCCACGAGGAGAACUUCUUUACUCGCUAUGGACUCAAUCUUGCCUCGUUCAAGAAGGGCCAUUAUGGAAAAGGCUCGCUCGAGCUCAAGCGGCCCAUGCAAGCCCGGCAUCUGAACAUGAUCGCCAUUGGAGGAGCGAUUGGUGCUGGGUUCUUUGUUGGGUCUGGGCGGGCUCUUUCGUCCGGUGGACCAGCGUCUCUCAUCAUAUGUUUCUGCCUGACAGGAAUCUUGAUCUUCAACGUCGUCUUCGCACUUGGCGAGUUGGCCGUCAUGUACCCUAUCUCCGGGGGCUUCUAUACUUAUUCUACCCGAUUUAUCGAUCCGUCCUGGGGCUUCGCCAUGGGAUGGAACUACAUUUUCUCUUGGGCUAUCAUCCUCCUACUUGAACUUACCGUCUGUGGUAUGGUCAUUCGGUACUGGGACAACUCCAUCAGCAUCGGGCUGUGGAUCAUAAUCUUUAUGGUGGCAUUGCUCUUCUUAAACCUGUUCGGCGGUAUUGGUUACGCCGAAGAAGAGUUCUGGGCCUCCUUAUUAAAGAUCAUCACUAUCAGCACCUUUAUGGUGAUUUCUGUUGUCCUGAUUUGUGGAGGGGGCCCUUCUUCUGGACGGUACGACGAUUACUGGGGCACCCGACUUUGGCAAGACCCCGGGCCAUUCCGGUACGGGUUCCGAGGGUUCUGUUCCGUGUUUGUUACCGCUGCUUUCUCUUUCAACGGUUCCGAACUGGUGGGCCUUGCUGCUGCUGAAAGCAAGAACCCUACGAAAGCGCUUCCUAGUGCUAUUAAGCAGGUCUUCUGGCGUAUUACCCUCUUCUACGUCCUGGGUCUCUCUCUGAUAGGCCUUCUUAUUCGGUCUGACGAUCUUAGAUUGAUUUCAGAAUCCGCCUAUGCCGACGUUUCUGCCUCCCUAUUUGUCCUCGUCGGCCUUUACGCUGGUUUGAGGGGCUACGACCAUUUCAUUAACGCGGUUAUCCUGAUAUCGGUAUUAUCCGUCGGAAUGUCCUGCGUUUUCGGCGGCUCUCGGACUCUAACGGCUCUCGCUUAG